AUACCAGCUGGAGGAGCCGAGUCUGCUUCCACACCAAUCAUAAAAGUCAACAGUCUUUUCCUGCUUUCUCCGUCUUUAUACAUGCCACCGAAACGGCCACCACCAUCGGAGGAGCCACCGCCACAGGCAUCAUCCUCCUCUGAAGAUGAUUCUUCCGAAGAAGAAGAACCCCAGAUCGAGGGUCAAGAACCCUAUUCGGCUACUCCGUUACAGUUGGUAAAGCCUCAACCAGAAUCAUCCGAUUCCGGAUCCGAAGCAGAAUCCGGAUCUGAUUCAGAACCUGAUCACACCGAUGUCAAGCCUCUUGCUUUCAAACCCAUGGAUGGAGCUAAACCCUCUCCCUCCAAGCAUUCGGUGGUUGUUGCCGCGUCUCCUUUAAGGGCUUCUAAGCGGGCUAAGAAGGACCUUGAUGAUGGGGUUUCAGCUGAGAAAGCCGUUGACAGCGCAAAGAAGCAGCUUUUCCAGAGACUUUUUAGCGAGGACGAUGAAAUUGCUUUGUUAAAAGGCAUAAUUGAAUUUGCUGCAAAGAAAGGUAAAGAUCCAAUUUUUUUCAUUGUUGAAUUUCACGAAUUUAUCAAGAAAUCAAUUCACAUUGAUGUAACAAGAGCACAAUUGAUGGACAAGAUAAAGAGGUUGAAGAAGAAGUUUGUGAACAAUGUGGGUAAAGCCAAGAAAGGGAAGGACAGGACCUUCACGAAUGCACACGAGCAGAGAACUUACGAUUUGUCAAAGAACAUUUGGGGCAGAGAUGAAACAUCUGGUGAUGCACAAGCAGUGGAUGAUGGGAAUGUGAAGUCUAAUGGAAGAGUAGUCAAGGAUACAAAAAAUGUGGAAACUGAGAGGGAGGGGAAUGCCAGGGUGAAGUCAAGAGGUGGAGAGGCGGUGAGGAUUGACAAGAGUGUGAGUGGUGCAGGGUUGGAGGGUUAUGUUUUAAAUGAGGGGCUCGAUUUGCUCGAGGGAGAGAAGAGGGUAGAGCUGGAGAAGAAAUGGAGGACCCUUCAAGAUGCAGAGCUUGAACUGUUUGCGAGAAGGGCAGAGCUGAUAUCAGAGCAGGCCCAAUUAGUGCUAGAGGCCUACAAGUCAAUGCAUACUUAGCUGUUUAGAAGGUAUAAUUGGUAGACCUUUGGCUUUUGUUUUGGAGUGUCUUUGUUUAAUUCAUGGUGUAUUAGCUGUCUGUUAAGCAUGAAACUUUGAACAUCCCUUCUAAGUUUGCUUGUUUAGUGUAUGUGUUAUUUAGAAGUUAGUAGUUAGGGAAAAAGCAACUUUGUUGGCUUUGGAAAUAGUUUUGUGUCCUGUCUACCAGUUUGCUGCCUGUACAUUGCAGCCCUAAUUGGCACAUAAAGUUUAUGGACAAAGUAAUGGUGUUUGGAAAAACAUAUCCAUGGCUGCACAUUUAAUUUUU